AUGAUGGAUAGAGUCGGUAACACUGAUUUGUUUUUAGUAUUGAAUGGCCUCGAGUUAGCGAUGUACGCACUUCGAAUACAUUACUUGCAAAGCGUGCACACACCGCUUUGUUCCCAUAGCUGUCACGGGCAGGCUCCAAGCAAAGCCUAUCUCGUCAUCUACACCACUGUAGUGGACAAUCAUCCCAACAAAGCCGCGCUAGCUCACUACAAUAAUUUCCCACGAGAUAACGGUCAAAGCUCAACAAGCAUUCAACUUACGCUGGAACUAUUUCCACGGUAG